GUGAUGCUGCUGCCGUCUUACAGGAGCGGCGGUGACUCCUCAGAGGUCAGAGGUCACGGUGCAGCAGUAGCAGAGUGACGUCAUGGCGGCUGCAGCACCUGUGAAAGAUGACUCUAAGCCGUGGGAGCGCACAAGCAGCUAUGACCUACUGCCCCCCGACAUGUCUGAGCUGAGGGUUGUUCUGCUGGGGAACAGCUGGUCUGGGAGGAGUUCAGUGGGGAACUUCAUACUGGGAGAUGCUGUGUUCAACACUCAAAAAGCACCAGUCUGCUGUCAGAGAGUCAGUGGACGGUGCAAAUGGAAAGAAACGGUUCUCAUCAACACCCCAGAUCUGCUGCAUCCGAACAUCUCUGAAGACAAACUGACAGAGUUGAUAGAGAACUGUGUGAGUCUCUCUGAUCCUGGACCUCAUGUGUUCCUGCUGGUUCUACAGCCUGAAGACUUCACUGAGGAACACAGACUGAGACUACAAACAGUCCUAGAAAACUUUGGUGAUCGAUCGUUCGAACACUCACUGGUUCUGAUAACAACACCCAGAGAGGAGAGUCCAGGUUCCUCAGAAAAGUAUGAGCAGCAUCCACCUUUAAAACACAUGAUCAAAAUGUGCAGAUUCAGAUCUUUGAAGCAGAAGAACCUUGAACUUCUGCAACUGUUAACACGCUUGGGUGAAAUUGUGAGGGUGAACAACGGAGAACAUGUGAGCUGCGAUUUAUCUGACAGUGUAGCAGCUCGGCUUCAUCAAAACCUGGACCCACAGAGCUCAGUUCCUGUGAACUGGAAUCCUGCUCGAAAUGUUGCUCGUGGACUCAGGAUUGUGCUGUUUGGGAAAAGGGAGGAAGAAAUGACGACACUUGGUAACUUCAUCAUGACGGAAAAAUCUUUUCAUUUUCAAAGAUUUUGUCCAAACACACAAUGUGAGGCUGCCAGUGGAGAGUGGAGAGGAAAACCAUUAACAGUGGUGAAAGCUCCAGACAUGUUCAGUCUGUCUGUGGAGACACUGAUAGAAGAGGUGAAGAAGUGUGAGACUCUUUGUUCUCCUGGACCAAAUGUUCUGCUGCUGUUAGUGAAACCUUCUGAUUUCACUGAGGAGAACAGACGAACACUGAAGUUCAUCCUGAGUCUGUUUGGUCCAGAUGCUUUUAAACACUCGAUGGUCGUCACCACAUACUGUCAUCACUGGAAUGAGACGAGUGUCUCUGUGAACAAGCUGCUUCGAGACUGUGGAGGAAGACUCUACAACAUGUUUGAAGAUAAACACCAACUGUUGAUGGAGAAGAUUGAGAACAUUGUGCGUGAAAACAAAGAAACCUUCCUCACCUUCUCUGAAGAGCCUGAACACAUGAAACCAGCUUUAAACCUGGUUCUGUGUGGGAGGAGAGGAGCAGGGAAGACUUCAGCAGCCGAGGCCAUUUUAGGUCAGACAGAGCUUCAUUCAGUCUCCAGCUCAUCAGAGUGUGUUAAACAUCAGGGAGAGGUGAGAGGACGUCAGGUUUCCCUGGUGGAGCUUCCUGCCUUGUAUGGAAAACCUCAGGAGGAAGUGAUGAAGGAAUCGUUCAGGUGUAUCUCCCUCUGUGAUCCUGAGGGCGUCCAUGCCUUCAUCCUGGUCCUAGCUGUGGGUCCCCUCACUGAUGAAGACAAGGGAGAGUUAGAGACCAUCCAGAACUCAUUCAGCUCUCCAGUCAAUGACUUCACCAUGAUUCUGUUCACUGUGGAGUCAGAUCCUGCAGCUCCAGCUGUUGAUGACUUUAUAAGAAAGAGCAGAGACAUCCAGGAGCUGCUUCAGAGCUGUGGAGGAAGAUCUGUUGUUGUCAACAUCAAGGACAAACAUCAGAUCUCUGAACUGUUGGAGGCUGUGGACAAGAUGAGACACAAUAAGGACAAACCAUGCUGCUACACAACAGAAACAUUUGCACAUGCCCAAAUAGAAAAGAUCAUAAAACAAGAGAAACACAUCACUGCUCAACAGGCGGAACUUGAAAGGUUUAAAAACAAAAGACAGAACAUGUGUGAUGAAGAGACUCAGAGUCCAGAGCGUCUCAGGAUCGUGCUGAUAGGAAAGACUGGAAGUGGAAAGAGCUCUACAGGAAACACCAUUCUGGGAAGAAAAGAGUUUAAAUCCAAAUCAAGUCAAACAUCAGUCACUAAGUUUUGUCAGAAAGCACAGAGUGAAGUGGACGGUCGUCCUGUUGUUGUAGUCGACACUCCUGGUCUGUUUGACACGACCUUGUCUCAUGAAGAAGUUAAUGAGGAGAUGGUGAAGUGCAUCAGUCUUCUGGCUCCAGGACCACAUGUCUUCCUGUUGGUGUUACAGAUCGGACGACUCACAACAGAGGAGAAGGAGACACUGAAACUCAUUAAGGAAGGUUUUGGGAAGAAUUCUGAGAAGUUCACCAUCAUUCUUUUAACUGGAGGAGAUUCACUGGAACGUGACAAAUUAUCCAUUGAUGAGUACAUUGAAAUAUGUGACGAUUCCCUUAAGAAGCUGAUCUCUGACUGUGGAGGAAGAUACCAUGUGUUUAAUAACUAUGACGAACAAAACCACAGACAAGUCAGUCAGCUGAUAAACAAGAUCGACACCAUGGUGAAGGAAAAUGGAGGCAACUGCUACACUAAUGAGAUGCUGCAAGAGGCUGAAGCAGCGAUACAGAAAGAAGCAGGGAGGAUCCUGAGGGAGAAGGAAGAAGAUGAGGAGAGAGAGGAGCUUCAUGGGAAUCUGGAAGAAGUUAUGAAAGCAAUGUUAAAAAGACUGAAAGAGGGGAGAGUUAAAAUUAAGCAGGAGAGAAAACUGAGGAAAAAACUGAAAUGGGAUGGACUUCAGCAACUAGAGAGAACAAAAAUCUGAAAACUGGAAUUGAAACCUGAAGUAGUAAAGUAUAAAUUCAAAUUGCAUUCUACAGAAACUGCUGUAUACAGUCGAGGUCAUGAGCUUGUACUCAUAGUACAGUGAUGUUACAGAGAGUUGUUUAUUUUCUUUUUAAGAGACAGGUAAUGUUCCACCUACAGGGGGCGCUGGAGGAGUGUAGUCGAUGUCCUACAUGACAUUUAAAGGUUAAUUGAUAUUAUCACCUUGACUCUACACAGCAACAGAAGUGUGAACACCUGCACCAGCGUUGUACCUGCAUCUGUCUGAGGACACAAUCAGACUUUAGAUGAAAAUCAUUUAAUGACUCGUUCAGAGAAAAAGGAAGAAAAACAAACUGA